ACUGGGGAAUAUUCUUUGCAGUUUGUCUUUUUCUUACAUAACUCUGAUAAUCAUUGAAAUUUAGGAUAUUAUCACUGCUUUUCUAUUUUUAUUUCCAUUUUGUAACACUGGUUUAUACUUUAUACUUGAAUUAGAUUUGCAAAAAAGAAAAUGGUACUGCAGAGGAAAAUAUUACGCCCCUCUAUUUCUCACUUGCUAGUUUCAGUGUUGGUUUUUUCUCACUUGCUAGUGCUUGCAUUAGGUGCCCCAAAACAGCUGCAUUUUGGAAAAAAUGGAGUCUUCAAGAUCCUCCAAGUUGCUGAUAUGCACUUUGCUGAUGGCAAAACCACGCCUUGUUUGGAUGUGUACCCUGCCCAAAUGCCUACUUGCUCUGAUCUCAACACCACCGCCUUUAUCCGUCGCAUGAUCCGAGCUGAGAAUCCUGAUUUAAUCGUGUUCACCGGGGAUAAUAUCUUUGGAUUUGAUGCUACUGACCCAGCAAAAUCAAUGGACGAAGCAUUUGCUCCGGCCAUUGAAUCGAACAUACCUUGGGUGGCUGUUUUAGGUAACCAUGAUCAAGAAUCUAGCCUUUCAAGAGAAGGGGUUAUGAAGUAUAUUGUUGGUCUUAAAAAUACUCUUGCUCGAGUUAAUCCUGUGGAAGCUCAUGUUAUUGAUGGUUUUGGAAAUUAUAAUCUUGAAGUGGGUGGUGUUAAAGGUUCAAGAUUUGAGAAUAAAUCAGUUCUUAAUCUUUAUUUUCUUGAUAGUGGUGAUUACUCUACUGUUCCUUCAAUUCCUGGUUAUGGUUGGAUUAAACCCUCUCAGCAGUUUUGGUUUCAACUCACUUCACGAAGGCUUCGGAGAGAAUACACGAGCAAGCCUCAGGCUCAGAAAGGACCAGCACCUGGACUUGGUUAUUUUCAUAUUCCAUUGCCUGAAUUUGCAAGUUUUGAUUCAUCAAACUUCACAGGGGUGAAACAAGAAGGCAUUAGCUCUCCUUCUGUGAACUCGGGGUUCUUCACGACUUUGGUGGAGGCUGGAGAUGUGAAGGCUGUUUUCACUGGACAUGAUCAUCUGAAUGACUUUUGUGGUCGGCUAACUGGUAUCCAACUUUGUUAUGCUGGAGGUUUCGGAUACCAUGCCUAUGGGAAAGCUGGAUGGUCAAGGAGGGCAAGGGUUGUGGUUGCAUCUUUGGAGAAGUCUCAAAACGGAGAGUGGGGUGCCGUCAAGUCGAUCAAAACAUGGAAACGCCUUGAUGAUCAUAACUUCCCUGCUAUAGAUGGUCAAGCCCUCUGGAGCAAGGGCCCUACAGGUGCGCGUAGAAGGAAAAGAAUCAUUAGAGAUUGAGUAGUAGCACAUGAUACAUAUUACUGCACUCGCAGCCAACAAAUUGAUUAGAGGAAUAGGAAUUCCUCUAAAUCAGAAAUGUUUUGGAUACUUUAGUAUCACUUGUACCAUAAUGGGAUAAUAAUGAUUAUGAAUAGAACAAUGAUUUGAUCAAUAAAGAGCAAUGCGAUGAUUUGAUGAUA